GCGGUGGUUCUUUUGCUCAUUUUAUUAUUACGUGUUUUGCGUGAAUUUGUUUUACAUAACUUGACAUUGUGUUUUGAAUUUGAAUAUUUGCGCGUUCUUCAGGGUUGCUAUUGCAACUUGUUGCAAUUAGGUUAAUUGUAUUGGAUAAGGCGUUAAUGAGAAAAUGAAUUUUGAAAUUUGUUUUGUUUUGUUGAAUGUAAUUGGCAUUCACAGUUUCAUCAUCCCUGAUGAGCUACCAUCCCUUUUGUCAAUUAUAUACUCCAACAUCCCAACGUUGAAAAAAGGUACUGACUCUCGCAUUGGAUGGGGUUUCAGAUUGGGCGACAGAGCAGAUUUUCAAAUAUUAACAGAAUUUGGACCUCAACAAUACACUCAAAAAUUAGCUAACCAAGAGGACGAAAACGGAUCCAAUAAAAGAAGCACUUUAGAAAAUUUGGCCAAUACUUUGUACGCUCAAAGACAACAGGACAAAAAGCAGCAACAUGCCAAAAAACAUCAACAGGACAAAAAGCCGCAACAUCAAAAAGAAAAUGCAACGGAUUUAAAAUCUGGAAGUGAUCAAUGGUUAAAAAAUUGGAGUAAAACAAUGGAAAAAACAGAAGAGCUUAAGCCGACAACACAAAAUGUCCCUUCAAAUGCAAAACCUGGACUUGGUAUUGGAGAAAUUGAUGCUAAAUCAGUCAUCCCUGAUGAUUCUAUAUUGGAGCAAUUAGAAAACCAGAAGCAAACACCUACGACUACUCGCAAGCCAUUGAAGAAAAGUAGUGAGUACGGAAAACCUGCCCCUGCCAAUCAAACUCUUCUUGAAAUACUGACGCAAGAUGAUAGAUUGAAUAUUUCAGCUGAUAAAAAAGAUCAAAGUCCAUUGGAUGAUGUUAGUCUUGAAUAGAAAAUUGUAUAGUUAUUGUAGAUUUGCUAAACAUAUAGACAGGACCAGGCUAAUAGACACAUAGGCUUCGAUAGGAGGAGUUGACUAUAGUACCUAUUUCACUGCAGGAUUGUUAUGAUCGAUCAUUGAGCUAAUUCGUCUUAUCACUGCCUAUCUGUCUAGUAGGUUGGUCCGGUCCUCAGAUUUAGUCCGGUCUGUAUAUUUGUAAAUAAUAGAUGUAAAUAUAGUGGUCACACAAUUUUUUUGAAAAAUAGUGCUUCUAUAUAGCAGUUUUUGAAAUUCUUACAUACAGGAAUAUAUCUAGUAAUGCCUUUAGUCCAAGGCAUUAUCUAAGAAGCACUCUAGAACUUUUAUUGCUGACUCUAUACGAUUCCUUUUGGGAUUUCCCUCGUUAUAUUGUAGUCUACAUGUACGAGUACCCCUUUACUUUCCUUCACAUAGGUAUUAAUGUGGUGUAUUGAUCAUGAUACACAACGAUUUUCUCAGCAUAUUUAAAUUCAGAAAUUUGAUCAUUUUCUGGAGGAGUAAGUUUUUGAGGUUUC